CAUGCUGGUUUGUCCGUUUGACGAUAUGCAAGCCACAUAAAACUUUGCACAGCAUUCAGGAGACUGCGUUCCCAUGUUUCGUUACAUCUCUGAUGGGCCCAUAGAAGUCGAUGAGGCGGAAGAUGGACCAACAAUGGUACAUGAUAUUUCGUGGACGGUCAGGGGCAUUGCACGAAUCAUGUGUACUGCCAUCGCCUUUCUCCACCACCAUUCUAUCGCGCCAGGAAGCUUGUCGCGCGGCUGGACGGCCUCAACAACCUUGGAAGCCUAGGCCAAUUUCAACACCGCAUCAUGGCCCUCAGCCUCCACGCGCUCUCCUCAAGGCAACAAGAUUAGUAGACCAGCCAUCUUGUCCCCUUCAUACAAGUCGGCCCGUUCUACGGCCAGUCUAUCUCGGGGCUGCCGAUGGACUGGAGAAGAGAACAUGAUCUGGUAUGUGGGCGGGCAAAAAGGGGAACAUGGACGAACUGCAAGCCUCCCCAAAGGCCCACCAGACAGAAAGGGACCUUGUGUAGGUAGCUUUCUUCAGUUCCUCCCAGAAGCCCCCCUUGCUUGGAAGGCGACCAAACAAAAGUCCGCUGUUAGUACGGGGCGCUAGAGGGGCGGGAAGGAUUCAGUGCUGCUCAAGCUUGAGGGCAAUCUGGCUUCGCUUGUCCCCCCAAUGGCACCCAAGAUUGAUCUCAGGUAGUGACCAACCGGGAGAUUGGAGGACGGCGCAGCUCUAGCCCCAAGGCAUUUAUUCAAGGAAUCAUCAUCAUCAUGCACUACGGGCCGAGCAGAUCGGUCUUGAUUACCGAACGCGGAACAGACCCGUCGAUGGUUCACAGUCUUGAUCAACUCAUCAUGACUUGUCUCGACAUUUUACCCCGGAUUUUGGCAAUUAGCGAGAGGGAUAAAUACCGAAAGGACGCGAGAUUGGCAGGCCAUGGCAUGGCAUGGCACCUUGGCCAGGGCAGGCGGAGGAAACAUGGCAUGCUGCUAAAUUAAGACGUCUGGUAAGUCUGUGUUGCCCCUGGCUGUCCGUGACCUCUUCAGCUCCGGUGUCGAACAGUGCACGACUUCCAGACCGCGAUGAUACCGGGGCUACGCGAGAUGGUUGGACCACUUACUCCUUUUCGAAGACGAGCUGAUGCGAGUGGCGGUCCCCAAACACCGGAAUGACCCAGAUGCUGUCAAGCAGGCAGACGGGUCCAAACAUUCACUCCGGGACCCUCAUGAGUGGAGGGACCUCAACGGCAUAUGGCGUCCCCACAGAAAAGAUUCCCGGGGAAUAUCUCCGUGCCAAUCUGAUCUAUGCAGACCGCGUCCAAACACUCCCCUCAAACCCACAUAAACACCUAACCAGAGCGAGACCAAUCCCUCGAGGACAAGAAAGAUCAACGAGCGGUCAAUAUUUCAUGCAACACAACAGAGAGCACAGGCAAGCAUUGUGGGGGGAGGGAAUGCGGGUUUGGAAGCGGGCUUGGGGAGCGGCCCGCCUUCACCACUCACGGCGCCGAGAAUUCUGUUGCCUGGAGCCGGGAGCCGGGGGUACUGGUAGCACAAGGGACACCAAGGGGGGGUCGCAAGCCACCACCUGGUGCUGCGGCGGGUCUCAGAUAUUUUUCUUUUGGCGCGUUGAGGCCAGCAGGAUUCUGGCGGGGCCGGAUAUCCAAAGCUUGGACGUGACAAAGGGGGGAGAUCAGUGCCCUGGCCCUUGGUUCUAGAAGGGAUAUUCGAUGCAAUAAAGAAUCGUGGCAUGAGUUGUCGUAGUCGUGCUGGUGGAGAUGUUCGGGCAAGACCCCCCUGCGCCUGUCCUUUUUGGGUGGCGACCUCUGGGCGAGAUUUAUCUUCUCCUUGUUGGAAAACUCAGCUUCCACAAUAGUCAGAGACUAACCAUG